AUGGUAGGACUUAAACCCUCAGACAUUCCUCCUCCUUUGGGUGUGAAGAUGGCGAGUGCUGGAGCAGCAGCCUGUAUAGCCGACAUGGUCACAUUCCCUCUGGACACAGCCAAAGUCAGACUACAGAUUCAAGGAGAGAAGAAGGCAGUGGGGGACAUCCGCUACAGAGGGGUGUUUGGGACCAUCAGCACCAUGAUCCGAACAGAAGGGCCCAAGUCUCUGUAUAAUGGUCUGGUUGCUGGGCUGCAGAGACAGCUGUGCUUUGCCUCCGUCAGAAUCGGCCUCUAUGACAACGUUAAAAAUUUCUACACCGGUGGCAAAGACAACGCUAGUGUACUGGUACGUAUCCUGGCUGGCUGCACCACAGGCGCCAUGGCGGUGUCCUUUGCGCAGCCCACCGACGUGGUCAAGGUUCGAUUCCAAGCCCAGAUGAAUCUGGACGGAGUGGCCCGCCGCUACAGCAGCACCAUGCAGGCUUACAGACACAUCUUCCAACACGAGGGCCUGCGUGGGCUCUGGAAAGGAACAUUACCCAACAUCACAAGAAACGCCCUGGUAAACUGCACAGAGCUGGUUACAUACGACCUGAUAAAGGAGGCCAUCCUUAGACACAAGCUGUUGUCAGACAAUCUGCCGUGCCACUUUGUGUCUGCGUUUGGCGCCGGCUUCGUUACCACAGUGAUCGCCUCCCCAGUAGACGUGGUAAAGACGAGAUACAUGAACUCACCACCGGGCCAGUAUAAGAGCGCCGUUAACUGUGCCUGGACCAUGUUAACUAAAGAGGGGCCAACAGCAUUCUACAAAGGAUUCGUGCCAUCAUUCCUGAGGUUGGGAUCGUGGAACAUCGUGAUGUUCGUCUCCUUCGAACAAAUCAAAAGAGCCAUGAUGGUCACAAAGCAGAGGAUUGAAGUGGUUAAUUGA